AUGGGAGCCUGUUUGUCUAAUUGCCUCAUUAUUCCCAAAGCCUCUUCCGUCCCUCCGCCUCCUCCCACCGCCAAAGUGAUCAAUUUACAAGGCGAUCUCCGCGAAUACCCUGUUCCCAUCUCCGUCUCUCGCGUUCUUCAGACCGAAGAUUCAUCUUCUUCCACUUCCGACUCUUUUCUCUGCAACUCCGACCGCUUAUACUACGAUGAUUUCAUUCCGCCUUUGCCUCUCGACCACCAGCUGCAGCCCAAUGAGAUAUAUUUCCUUCUUCAUUCCUCCAAGCUCCACCAGCGAUUGACCGCCUCCGAUAUGGCCGCCUUGGCCGUCAAAGCCACCCUCGCCCUCCAGAAUGUGUCCACCAACGAUCCCCCCCUCCGCCGUAACAAGGGUCGUAUUUCCCCCAUCCUCCUUAGCUCCUCGGAAUAUUCCGACGACAGAUCCGCUAAGGACGAACACGCCCCUUCCAUUAACUCCAAGAAGAACUCCGCGAGCACUACGUCCGCCUCCUCCUCCGUUAGAAGAUUGCAGAGACUGACAUCCAGAAGGGCAAAAAUGGCGGUUCGUUCCUUUAAACUCAGAUUGAGCACCAUCUAUGAAGGCGCCGUUCUGUAG